UGCGAAGUAUUUCACAUUUUCGUACCAGGAAAGAGCAGAUGGCGUCCAUUUUUUCCCCUUGAAAACAAAGGCACGUCCAAUCUUGGUGGAUCUGUAGUCAGUGCUCGUAUUUCGCGCUGGUUGCAGCGGACAGCAGUGGCGGCGAAGGCGAAGGUGAUCGGUGGUGGUUGGGUGCCGCGAGUGGUGCAGUGUGUACAGAAUAGAGAGUGGUAGUAUACGUACUAUCUGGAAAGUUGUGGUUGCGCGUUUUCGUCUCCCGUGCGGCGGGGGCUGCCCUUCGCAAGAAUCCGCUUCACGCAUGGCACCGCUUCGUGCCUGAGACGCCUUUUUCUCGGAGACAGAGAGAGCAAGAUCGUGCGCGGCCGGGGCCCAGCCUCUUCGCGUGCUUCGUCUCGUUUUGCCGUUUUCGAGCGCCGGAGAGACCGAGUCGCGAACGAGCCGACAGAAUGACCAGUCAAGAGACGUGCGAACAGGGUAUCAGCAACGUAGAAACUGAGUACCACGAGAUCAAUUCGAAAGAAGCCUGGCCGAUCCUGUAUCAGCAUAUACGCAAUGAAUGCAGCAAUUUCUCUUAUACGUCUAACGAAUCGAGGAAGCCACAGAACAAAAAUUUAAAUCGUUAUAGAGAUGUUUUGCCGUACGACCAUAGUAGGAUUGUCCUUAAAAGGGGUCCAUGCGAUUACAUUAAUGCUAACCUCAUACAGGUAGAUCGUGCUCACAGACAAUACAUCCUUACUCAAGGACCAUUGGAAAAUACUGCUGGCCACUUUUGGCUAAUGGUAUGGGAGCAAAAUUCUAAAGCGGUGUUAAUGUUAAAUAAAAUAAUUGAAAAGAAUCAUGUUAAGUGUUAUCAGUAUUGGCCUCUGGGUGAUUCAGAGAAUAAUAAUACUAUGAUGUUUCCGGAUGUUGGUUUAAAAGUAACAUUUGUCAGCAAAACAGAAUCAUCGGAUUAUACGACUAGAGUAUUAAAAUUAACUGAUUUGGAAACAAAUGAAAGUAGAGAAAUAUUACAUUUUCAUUAUACCACUUGGCCAGAUUUUGGAGUACCGCAAAGUCCAACAGCAUUUUUAUCCUUCUUAACGCAUGUUAGGCAGUCGGGUGCGUUAGAUCAAAAUGUUGGCCCUCCUGUGGUGCAUUGCUCGGCAGGAAUUGGAAGAUCGGGGACAUUUUGUUUAGUGGAUACCUGCCUUGUUUUGAUCGGAGAAAAUGGGUUGAAUUCUGUAAAUGUUAGAGAUAUACUGAUCGAAAUGAGAAGAUAUAGAAUGGGUUUAAUCCAAACACCGGGUCAACUUAGAUUUUCGUAUGCUGCUAUCAUUGAAGGGGCAAAACAAUUACUGUCCAACAACGUGAACAUUAAUAAUGAGGUGGUAACAAAUCACUACGACGUGGUAAGUAAUCUUAAUAAUUCAACAGUGGAAGAAGAGGAUGAACCACCUCCUUUGCCUCCUCCGAGAGGUGAAUCUUUAACGCGUAGCAUGAUGGCAGAUUUAACUUCAAAUCCAGUAACUAAUAAAAAUGAUGAAUUGGGUGGACCGCCUGAUAAACCGUUACCCAGAGAGCCAUCAGCUCCCACAGAAACCUCUACCAGUUCACCAGUUGCAAACUCUACAAUAAUUACAAACAAUUUACACGAAAAGAACUCUGACGGUGUUGUAGUGCCUAAUGAAAACACCAGUGACGGUGAAAACUCUUUACAAACAAUUAGCCCUCCGUCCAGUCCCGAUACGAAAAACGAAGUACGUCAUCGUAAUAAAGAGAAGAAGGAACGUUUGGCAGCGCAAGUACGAGAGAUGAAACGUCGACAAAAGGAAACAGAAGAAUGGCAGAAACUCAAGAGGUCAUUAUUUAAGCCCCUUUCAAUAGGCAUAGGCGCCGCAAUUGUUGGUGGGGGUAUUAUAGCAAUCUGUGGCUAUUUGUAUAUGCGUGGUUAGGACAGAAUUGUUUCUAUGUCACAUGUGUACAUGGACCUUCGCGUUAACAGUGAUAAUAGGUGAUUCGCACAUUCAAGAAUAGUUACUUUCGUCAUGAAAUAUUUAACAGUUUCAUUGCACGCGUCAUUGAUUGCCAUUGAUCGAAAGAGUAAUUAAUCAGGAACGAAGUAUUUGUUGUUACGUAAUUUGAAGCGAAACAGCCAUCACGAGCCGUUGUAUCAGUAAGAGACAAUUAAGGAGAGACACCGGUUAACAAAGAAACGUUAAAGAGAAGUAACUUAUUCUAACGAAGUGCAUUUGUAAAGGACAUUGUUGCACGACAAAGAAGCUACAAACGAUAAAAAAAAAGAAAAGAAAAGAAAUGGGUACUUUUAUGAUGACAGAGAAUGAAAGAGAAACGGAAAUAUUCAAUUUGUAUUUUUAUAUUGUGAUUCACUCAAUGAGUAUGUAGAAUACUAGAAAGUACACAUUCUUUUGAAAAUCUAUUGAUUAGGUUCCCUUGAAAGUCGCAGUUCACGAAGUGAGUAGAUUCUUUGGUAAUCGUAUUUCCAAUUUGUAGAAUAAGAAGUGCAUUGAGUUAGAUUUUUACCUUGUGACCUUUUUUUUUUAAAUCCUAAUCAGAAAAAUAUAGGAUAUGUUUUUUAUUUGUUAGAGAAUGUUAAUAAUUGUGUGUCUUGUAAAUUAGAAGAGAAAAGAAGGCACGUGUAAAAAUCUAAUACGAAGGAUGAAUCAAUGUCUUCUUAUUCGUAUAUUGUAAUAACUGUAGGUUUUCAUAUAUGUUAGGUAUUACACGUCAAAUGGGUGCAUAACGUUCCAAUAAGUAAAAUCAAUGAUUUACUUUUAGAGAGACAAACGCAAGUAUUAAUUUGCCUCUUUUUUUCUUUUUUUUAAAUUUUUCAAUCACUUAAAUAGAUUUAGUGCUUUUUCUAUUUAUAAUUCAUUGCUAUUCGACGUUUAAUUCAAUAAUUUUAAUAACCAUUUUAAGAACAAACGAGACGAGUCUCUUCGAUUCUUUUUCUUCGGUGAAUAAUUCUCGAAUAAAUUAGUCUUACUGUUAGCAAUUGUUCAGGGUACCAAAAUCAUUCUCCUAGAGUUAAUAAGCACCCGAUUCCCUUGCUAGGAUCUAACGAGUAUAUUCGUGAUAGGCGUAGAAAGAAAUGUUAACAAUCUUAAUUAUAGUACACCAUGUAAAUGUUUUUAUAAAAUAACUUGCCCAUCGAAGUAGAGUCCAUUCUUCUAUAGAACAUUCACGAUCAGGUGAAAUGGAUUAUUAGAGUUAGCAUAAGUCAUGCUUGUGACGUACCAUAUGGCCCAUUUCUUGAUGUUGUUUACUUAGAAUCAUUUAAUUCGUUUAGAACUUGUUCCUUGGGCUGUUGGUAAACGACAACUAAAUCUUUUUCACUUUCUUCUAUGAACAAACCCAAUUGACCGAGACAUUUCGUUUAAAUGGCAAUUUGUGCCUUCGAUUCUGUGUACUUGGUAAUAUUUCACGCAAGUCUCUUUAAAGGAGUUUUUCUUUUUCGUUACAUGCCUGGUAUACAGAAGACUAAUAAUAAUGAAUUUCGCAACGUAUUGAAGUAAUUAGCAACGACUUAAAAAUAAUUAACUUGCCGUGCUCAUCACACUGUUCUCACGCGACUGCAUAUUAUUUGUCUGUUAAUUUUUGUGAUGGAGUAAUCCAUAUAUAGUAGGUGCCAAACGAUAAGAAGCCAACAAGAAUUUUGUAUGCCAUGCAUAAAGUAGAUGCAUAGAAAUUGGAAUCAGUUUCUGACGUUAGCCUUGAUACUGGGAGGUAACGAUGUUUUAAGUACCAAGUACCGUAUUAACUAAUUCUUGAGAAUUAGUUGAUGAUUCGUAGGAACUUCCUCGCAUUCUUAAAGAUGAGAAAAAGCAUAGAAUUAUUGAUAAUAAUUCUAUUAGCUUGAUCUAAAGGUACUUGAUACUGUUCAUCGGAUGUUGAUAUUUUCUGUACAACCUGGAGGUGUAAAGUAUCAAGGUUGAUAUCAAAAAUUGAUUCUGAUCAGAACGUGUUAAAUUCAUGAACCAUGUCAUGGUUGCGUUAGUAGAUUUUAUUUUGUACACUUUUAACCCUCUUCACAGAGCGUGUUUCUGCACAUCGAUCAGCUCAGCAUCUUAGCGAGUAGAGUUUAAGACACUUAAAAGAGCCGAGGGGAACAGAAACAGGGGGUUAAAAGAGCCAAUCUCUGAUAUGCUAACUCCAACUGACUUGCUCAAUGGUAACAUGUUUAAUUACACGUUGAGCAUCGUGGAAAGACUGAAUAUACGUCUAAUUGCUUCUAGAAGAAGCAGAGUUGAACAAAAAAAAAAUGAGAAAAAGAAAAAAAAAGUUAAAUCUGUACUCUUUAAGUCGAGCUUUUAUGUAAGUCACGAUCGUCAAAAAGAAACAAACGAAAAAAAAAAAUUGAGAAGAGAAGACUUGGAUCGUGUUCCAAAAGAAAAAAAAAAGAAAAGAAAAAUGCAGUUUGCGUUUCGAUAUUUCUUCAGAAGAAAAUGCACGUGAUGGGCAAACGUAUUUUGUACUUUUUUGUACGUCGUUGGCUCUAAAUUUGGAAUACGAUCUUCAAACAAAAAAAAAAAAAAAAAGAAAACGAGACAUUUCGGGUACGUGUUAUUGCAUUAAAUAUGCGUCCGUGUAAUUCGUUAUCUUAGAGAUGCAUUAUGUUAACAUGUUCGAAUUUAAUACAGUAUUCUGUCGUCGGGUACAGUUGUUCACCUGUGUAUGCACCAAUUGUAUAUCUCGUUACCUGAUUUUUCGUCUAGACUAUGUUUUGUGUAACUAGAGGAGUGUCCGUGUUGGACGAAUUCUCUGCUACGUUCGAGAAGGUGCGAAAAAGGAUAAAAUGGUCAGAAAUUUAGCCUCUGAACAGAGGGGAACAACAAGAACAACAAGUGUACGUGCCUUCAUUUAGAGCGAUCUCGUUCAACGAAAGAGAUGCUAGCGUUCCUACAGAAAAUCAACAAAUUCGCUAUUUUUUAUAUUUUGCUUUUUAGAGACACACCGUUGAAAUACCUUCAGGAUGUCGCGAGGAUAAUUGGGUUCUUGCGGUUGAAACUGUUGAGAGGCUUCUGGAUAUUGGAAUAAACGUUUCAUCCAUGCAGCAGCUGGAUUCAGUACAAUGGACGCAUUGAGAAAUUAAGGUUCUGAGGAUGAGAUCUUGUUUAUCGAAUGUCCUGGUAAACUGUUAUUUGCAUUUCUAUAUUGCAUUGUGGCAUUUAGAGUUCUGAGGAUACUCUAAAUGGAACAACUCAAUUGGAAUUCUAAAUGUAUUAGCUUGUUCUGUAUCAAAUGAUCAAUUUUUAAACAUAGAAAGUCUGAGUUAAGAUUUAAUAAGCUUUCAAGCUUCAAAUUGACACGGUAUAAGUGUGUGUCCCAAAACCGUUCAUUUGAUAUAUGCAACAAACUAAUAGAAUGUAAUCAUAGUUUCCUCAGUUUGUGAAUAAUAACCGCAAUGUUCCACUUAAGCUUAUGAAAGUACUUUGAAUUCUCAAUGUUCCUAGAUCGCUGUAUGGAUGAUCCAAUAUAUCCAAGAUAGUAUUAAUGUGUCUUCAAAAAGAAAAAGAAACAAAAAAGUGACAUUCCAAAGGGACACAGUAUGUAAUCAGGAAGCCUUGAACAGUUCGAGUCAACUUGAUCGAAGAGUCAAUUACAGAAUGAAAUUCGUUCGUGGCUAGUCUUUCAGUAAGAGACGUUCGUUCCUAAUGAAGGUGGUUGCACGAGUUUGCCCAGAUAUUGAAUAACCGUAAACAAUAGAAGGAUGAACGAACAAUUCACCUUGAAAGAACUCCCCUGUUGUCGUUGAUCACGGGAAAACUUCCUGACGAGAAUGAGAGAGUGCGUGUGAGAGGAAAGGCUUAUUCUCGAGAACUAGAAUCCACGAAAGACACGGUGCUAACUUAAAGUUCCAGAACCACGAGAAGAAAGAAAAAGAAAAAAAAAGGGAAGAAGCGUAAAAUAUAUAUAUAUAUAUACAUAUAUAUAUAAAACACGCUUUGAUUGAAUGCGUGAGAGAGCGAGAGAGAGGGAGAGAAUGAGCGUAAUAAAGAAAGAAGAGAAUGAUUGUUCUAAAAGAAAAAAAAAAGAAAUAUUAUGAAGAAAUCGAACGAUCGAACACGAAAGAAGAAGACGAAGAGGGGAGGCUUUUGUACGCAAGUUUCUGUUCUCUCCACCCCCCGGUAUACAAAUAUAUUCUCACCGUACUAGCGUUCUAAACUACAAGGAACCGCAGAAACAUAGCUAAGUGCCUACUCGUACGAAACAAACGGAAGGGAUCGAAAUGGGAACCACAUCGAGAAUACGACCGAUAAUAGCGUUAAUAAUUACAAUAACGUAAAACAAAAUCCUCGCCUUUUGGAAGAGCGUAGCCAUCGAGCAAGUGAAUCCUUUACCAUCCGACAAUAUGCAUACAUACAUACAUACAUACAUACAUACAUACAUAUUAUUAUUAUAUGUUAAUAGAUAUUAUCGUUCCAGUAAGUCUGUUAUCAUAUAAUUGUCGAACGAUCGAAUCAAUGGAUACGUUUCAAUUGAAUAACAAGAAUGUUUUUUAAUGCAAUUAAUGCAUUUGGUAGAAGGUGUUAGAUGCAAUAGUUUGUAAAGCUAACAUUCUUGAUACGUUCUGUCGGUUCGAUCGACAAUUUGUGGCAGAUAGAUUUACCUAAAAAGCUAAGGAUCGAGUUACGCGUGCGAGAAGCGAAAGAAAAUCAGAAAUAGAAACGAAAGAAGAACAUGGAUCGAAAGUGUCACGAUUGAAUUCAGCUUGAUAAUUUUCAAGUUCGAAUGGUUAAUGAUAGGAAAGUUACUUCUCUACGAAGUCAGAUUGCAUCUCCUUGCGACUCGACUUAAGCACAGUUAACUAUAUUCGCAAAAAAUAAAAGAUUGUAGCGUCGUAGAAGCGUAUCGAAUGCGGUGUUUGAAAUAAUGUAACAGCUGAACACGAGCGGUAGAAUUUAGAAAGAAAAGAAUCUAGAAACGAAGGGGCUAAAGAAGUGAACUGAAAGGAAUAAAAAAAAAAAAAAAGAGAGAGUUUCAUCUUUUGAUCUCUCUUCAAGUUGGCUUCUUAGACAGAAGGUCAUUUCGCUUCUUCACCCGUUAGAGAAAGAAUAGAUCCAAAUCGAAGUAACUACGGAUAGAAUAAUGAACGAUUUGCAUGUAAUACAAUGUUAUUUACACGAACCGGAACGAAAGAGAGCGAGAAAGAGAAAAAAAGAAACAAUGAAUUGUGCGGUGAACUCGAUGCCCUCACGACGCAUACAUUUUUCUUUCUUUCUUUUUUUUUCCACUCGCAAAAUGUAGUAAGACUCGUAGACGAGGUUCCCCGAUUGCAUAUUUAGAUCGAUCAAUACAGGAAAGGAUUUUUUCGUA